GGUCCCGCCAUUGGCAGCACCGAGGCCCAGCCAGGCCCAACCAGUUCCAGCCAGCUCCAGCCAGGUCCAACCGGCUCACUAGUGGUAAUAGCCGAAAACCUGGACUUGACCCCUUGAGAUUAGGAAGGAGGAUAUUCCCUUCAAGGGGAGGAGAAGAGGAGGAAGAAGAGGAGGCCACUCAUAGUGGAUUUCACCACCUUUACAGGACCUCUGACCGGACUUGAAUUUACUGACACCCAGAAGAAAUUUUAGAAGCCACAGAUGGGUAGAAAAGACUCUUCCACUUCAAGACUUCCCGUUGACCAGUACAGAAAGCAGAUUGGAAAACAGGAUUACAAGAAAACCAAACCAAUUUUAAGAGCAACCAGAUUAAAAGCAGAAGCCAAGAAAACAGCCUUUGGCAUCAGGGAAGUUGGUCUUAUCCUUACAGCUAUACUGGUAAUAGUGCUGGUUUUUUAUGCUUUCUUUUAUCUCAAGCUAUCCAAUGGUGUUGAGCUGGAUCUGGAACAGACUGAAAAUUAGCAGUGCAGUGAUCACCAGGGCCUCUUUGGAAAGAAGCAACCUCUGAAGAAUGAAGAGAACCUUGAAAGAGUUACUGUAGACAGACCUCCCUCUGCCAUUCGGAAUGGACAUCAAUGGGAUGCCACAAUGAGUCUUCUCUCUUUGUAGAAUUUUAACGAAAACUUCCGAUGGAAGUACAACCUUUGCAUUAGAGCAAUAGCAAAGGCAAUGGAACAUGUUUAUAAGAUUUGCUUCUCGGGAUGAAUAGUUCUGCAUGGUGAUACUUAGCUUUAGAUGAGAUGAGUCCUACUUCCUCGAGUCGCGUAGGACAAGUAACUAGCCAAAGCACAAACUUGAAUCACUUCCUGAUGGGGCAAGUCUGUUUUUUAUUUCCUUUCACGGAGAGGAACAUAAUUCCAAAUUUAAGUUCAUUUCCGUUUAUACCCACCUCCUGGAUCAGAUUGACUGGUUUUCGGUUGAGCUAGAAGCAGUUUCUCGUUUUGAAGCAGACUGCGACUUCCUUCAUGGGAUCGCUUUGCACCAUCAGAGAUUCUGUCUCCACAUAUAUCGAGCCUAAUUUUUUCCUUUCUUUGCCAACUGUUCGGAGCACAUGUGCUCCGUCAAAAGGGGCACCUGGAGAACAGAAGCUCAAAGAGUCACAUAUGCCUCAGAAGCAGAGUUCCUUCUUUGCCUCCUGGGCUUGUGUGAACAGGUAUAAAUGGAAAGUUCGGUGGAAGUUGAUUUUAAUUAGCUUACUACUCUAUUAAUACAAAGUUGAAAUUCUGGUUAAAUUAUGCCGCUCCUCCUGCUUGCAGUAUCAGCUUGCUCCUCUUGUUAGAAGAACUGUACAAAUCUGUUCUCUUCCAUUUCUUUUGCACUACAUUGAUACCGUCACCCUUUUUCAUGCAUAUCCCUAACAAUUGAACUCGCCCAAAGUCAUUAAAAUUCAUUCUUCCUGCAAGUUGCAUUCUGCCUCUCCAGACAAAACUAGUUGUCAUCUCAGUGAGAUAAAGAAAAUGCUGACUAGAAUAUUUAGGGUUGCUCCUUCAGACCCUAUUUAUACAGGUUCAUUUGGGUAGAUUUCUUUAUUCAUAACUUAUAUCAGGCUUGUCAGAUCUUGCCUCUAACCUGCUUAAUCAAUAUUUCACAUCAGUAAUGAAUUUUCACCUUUGCAUUACCUGACAGUAUAUGGGAACAUGGGAAAAAGUAUUUCGGUAACCUAGGGACCUGUCAAAAUGUAUGUCCAGUGGCAAAUAAGGUCUUUUCAAAAGCUAAUUAAAAAAUGUUGAGCGGUAAGCCACAUAGAAUUUGCCUGUUGACUUGGUGGGGAAUGGACAAACUAUGAAAUUUUUCUACUAUCCUAAUAAAGUUCAAGGUUUGCAAUU